CGUUCGACAGAGUAGACCACAACAACGGCAACAACUCGCAGUGACUUGCUCGGUUACUAGAAUAACACAGCAACAAACAUGGUAGCACUUGAUGGCAGUUCUGAUAAUUUGAGUCAAGGGUUUUGAUACGCAAAGGUGAAGCCAAUGACCGAGACCUGGAUGUUCAAUUGAAAUUUUUCAAAAAGUAUAAAGCUGGGAUAAUCUAGGCAGAUCAGAUGGUACAACAAUAUUUUUCACGGCAUUGACAUCACAACACUACACACGAAGAUGAUGCUUAAUAUUUGGCAAAAACUUUGAAGAUUUACUUUCAAUAAUAACCCUAUCAUGAAUUAGUCAAUGCUUUCGAAGGUUUGAAUAUUAAACGGGAACUAUUGAUAGCAAAAACCAAUAGUUAGAGAUGGAAUUUCAAUUCGACAUCAAUGUAAUUUUGCCAGAAGAAAUCACACUGAUUGACUCAAGAAUAAAUCCUUUCAAGCAUACCCAUGUUAAGGAAAAAGGAAUUGAAGUGUUAAAGAAGAAUUUAGAACAUGUAAUCGACAAAAUGGGAAAUUCUUCAAGCCGGGCCCAAGGUUUGAAAACUACAAUAACAACUCAUGGAAAAAUUUCCGCUAGCGAUCAUCACCUAUAUCUGCUGAAGGACAGCACAUCAAAUGGUGGUAAAGGAGCUGUGGUUGGUUUACUGAAAGUUGGUAAAAAAAGGCUGUUUGUAGUUGAUUAUCAUAAUCAACAGCUGGAAGUGAAUCCUCUAUGUGUUCUUGACUUUUACGUCCACGAACACAGGCAGCGAAGUGGCUUUGGCCUGCGUUUAUUUAAAUUCAUGUUAGAAAGAGAAGAUGUAAAGCCACAGUUUUUAGCUUAUGACCGACCAUCAUCAAAGUUUAUAUCUUUUCUGAAAAAACAUUUUGACUUACAGAAUGCUUUAAGCCAGAUGAACAAGUUUGUGGUGUUUGAUCUAUUUUUUAGAGAUUUAACAGCUGUUGGAUAUGUCCCACGGAAUAAGAGAUUUGUCAGCAGUGCUCCAGUUGACAGUCGAAAACAAACAGCAACCCCAAGUUCCAGGCAGAUUUCUAGUGCAAAUGCAUUUGGAAGGCUGCAUGCUAGCAGCCUUAUUGGACUUAACAUUCAAGAAAGCACAACAGCCCUGCCUAAAAGCUUAUUGGUAUACCCCAGCCACUCCGGUCAAUACAUUGGACUGCCUCCAAAACCAACAAAAAGAACAAACACACACAAAAGAGAGGGAACAUGGUCUCGGCGCAAUGCAAGCAAUUUGUCUUUAGGAAGUAAUAAUGGAUAUGCAGAGAGGUUACCAAGCAACCAAGUCAUCCCUGAAAGAGGCAGCCUAUACAGCAGACAUAGUUACAGAAAUGUAAACCUGGCAGAGAAACUUUCAAGCCAGAGUUUCAAUCAAACAAAAUCAUCUUCUAAUAGCAAUGGGAGCACUCUUCCACCUCUUAAGAAAAAUGAUUCAUUGGAGGCAAUGCCUUUGGGUAGCUUAAAUUCAUCUGCGAGUCAACCAAAAAGAAGUCUUCAAACAGAUGGUGAUAGAAAAGACCCUAUAAUGAAUGCUAGCAGCCAUUCUCAAGCAAAAAACUAUUCAGUUAACGAAAUGUAUAAACAAACAGUGCAGCAUACAAAUUCAUAUGGGACAUCAUGGAAUAUAUUUGGAGUACCUGCUGAUGUGAAUAAUAGGCACAACCAUAACAGGAGCUCAUUUCAAAGAAACCGAACAGGAUUUUUUUAA